UGUUUUAACAUUUGCAAUGUGUACUUGAUUUGCCAAUCUUAUUUUUAUCCCUUUCUCUUUUUAUGGGCGAAUUCAGGGACCAUGUUUGAAAAAUUGGAGUAUGAUUGAUGGAGAACAUUGCAAUUCGCUGUCGGGAACCAUAUGUGCAAUGGAAGCCAGCAUUAUUCGUCUCCCUGUUGUGGAAGGAGCUAAGGCAGAAGUUCAAAAUGUGAAAGAUGCUUUUUCUUCAGCCGUUGACGUGAUGCAGGCACUGGGAUCUUCAAUGUGUUCUUUGCAACCGAAGCAGACAGACAAGUUUGUUGAGCAAUCUAUAUGUGCUUCACUAGGAAACAACUUCUACUCCUUAAAUUCAAAGCUUUUUCGAUGAAGUGAUGGGUCAUAUAUGUGAAUUCUGUGGAGAGCAGCGGUCAAUUAUAUAUUGCCGGUUUGAUGCUGCUUGCUUAUGUUUGUCGUCCUAAUGCAACAAAUAUUACUCCAAAGUUAAUAUAUGUACUUGAUUGGGGCAUGAACUUGAGUUUUCAUAUUUCAUUGUGUAAAUUGUCGGACCAAAUCCUCGAGAUGAUAAAAAAUAUCAUUCAUUGGACCUCGAAGGUGGACAAUCUUAUUCAAGCCAAAAAUGAAGACUUAUUUGAGUAUUCAUGUUAAUGUACUUAUAAAAAAAUUAAUUCAUUUUAGUGUCAUAAUUAAGGAACAAUUCUGAUAGAUCUACCCUUAAAUUUAUUUCAUCACUAAGUGACAAUGUUUGCUUUCAAUAAUAUUUAUACAGUUGUGUUUGGUAGC